AUGAACGAUGCCGCCGGCGAAUCUCGCCACGACUGGGUUGAUGAGGUCACGCGUCGUGUUAAAAACGUCGCCCCUCUCGUCGAGGAGGUUCAGACGAGUUGCGCGGCGCUCGCUCGCCAGAACAAAGCGCUCGAGCGCAAGGUGAUGGAGCUUACUCGGUUCAAACUGGCCGUGCUCGAGGAGCUCGAGGGCUAUGUUUCUCACUGCCCUAGCCUCGUGGAUGCGAUCAAGGAGCGGAAAAAUGCACUUCAGGUAUGA